CUUCAACGGUAUGGAAAGCAGACCGUUCGUUUUUCAGGAUGUAAACCAUUGCUAGGACAGAUAUUUACAUCACUAUGAAACAAGUCAUUGGAAUUUUACUUUUUCACAUUAUUGGCAUUCAUGCACAAAAUCGCUGCUUCAUUGGUCUCGAAUACAAUGGCUCUUGCUAUGCCGUUGUUUCUUCGCCUGAAACAUGGUCAGACGCCCAGGAUGUAUGUAAAACAUACUCUGGUGGAAAUCUCGCGAUCAUUGAUUCACAAGACGAAUUCGACUUUGUCAAUAACAUAAUAAAUGGCUCUCACGACUACUGGAUUGGAUUGAAGAAAACUGAGAACGUUGGUUGGAUAACGGGUGAAGUGACAACGUUUACUAGCUGGUCUACCAAUGAGCCAGAUGGAGGCAAAUACGUUCGAUCCGCAGACAUCUUAUUACAAUGGAGUGACGCAACGGGCACUGGCUAUCGGCCAUAUCUCUGUGAAAAAGAUGAAAACAAUGGGAGUUGUCCUUCAGGAUGGCAUGGCUUUAAUAGUAGUUGCUACGUCUCCAGCACUGGUGUAACGUUGGGGAAUGUAACCACCAACUGGGUGAGUGGUAAACGUGCAUGUUUUGACCUUGGUGGCCACCUAGUAACUAUAUCAUCAAGGGAGGAGAAUCAAGAAGUGAGGAGUUUACAGACUAUUCCACACUGGUAUGGCAUGCAACGGGGACUAUUUUAUUGGAACGGUAUGUCUAUGGCAGAUUACACGUCAUGGAUUUCCGAACCUGGCAACUCUCUACCAAUCGAUGAUAGUUGUGUGUUUGCCGAUGUGUCAAAUUCUGGGAAAUGGGAAACUGCAGCAUGCUCUUCGCUUAAAGGGUUCUUAUGCGAAACAUACGCGGAGAAUCCUAAUGUGGUGACCGCCCACUGUUUUUAUGAGGGAGAAAAACUGAAAGACCAUAACCUAGCGACAACAGAGGCGACAUCUAUUAUAGACUGCACACCACAAUACCGGUGUCUUAUUGGUGCGGAAUACAAUGGUUCUUGCUAUCAUUUUUCCUCUUCUCCUGAAACAUGGUCGGACGCCCAAGAUAUUUGUAAGAGUGCAUUUGGUGGAUAUCUUGCGACCAUCGAUUCGCCAGAUAAAUUCGAGUUUCUCAAUAACAUUAUGAAUCCUCCUCAAAACUACUGGAUGGGUUUAAAGAAGAGCAUGGAACUUGGCUGGGUAACAGGCGAAUCUCUCACAUUUACCAAAUGGGCGACCAACGAGCCCAGUGGGCACAUGUAUUCGCGCCCCAGCAACGGCGAAUUCUCUGAAUGGAUAGAUAGUUCGGGCGUUGGGACACGUCCAAGUCUUUGUGAACAAGCCGCUUGGGGUCCGAAUGAUACCCCUAACGAUGAACCUUGUCCUGCUGUUGAUCCAGAAAAGGCAAAAUCCAUAUCCAAUACAAUAAACGUAACAUUAAGAGUGACAAACACCCUUAGCCACCCCGUACAUUUUAUAUGGCUUGAUUACAAUGGCAUAGAAUCAACGGAUAUCACUAUACCCGCGGGGGAACAGAGGGAAACGUCUACCUAUGCAACACAUCCAUGGGUAGCAAGGUCUGAUACUGAGGCCAGACUUGAGAUAAAUGGAUCGUGCGUAUAUACAGCGGAAUACGAGAACAACACACCAGUCGAUUUAUAUAUUUCGGAGAACAAUGAUAGUUGCCCCGCAGGAUGGUAUAUCUUUGAGAAUAGCUGCUAUGUAUCCACUGAAACACUUGGCUUGGUAGACAAGACCUGGGUGAAUGGUAAACGUGCAUGCGUUGACCUUGGUGGCCAUCUAGUAACCAUAUCUUCAAGUGAGGAGAAUCAAGAAGUGGCGAGUUUACAGACAGGCCCAAAUUGGUAUGGUAUGCAACGAGGACUAUAUUAUUGGAAUAAUAUGUCUAUGGCAGAUUACACUGCAUGGGAUUCUGAACCAGCUAACUCUCUCCCAGUUGAUGACAGUUGUGUGUUUGCUAAUGUGUCCAAAUCUGGCAAGUGGGGAACUGCACCAUGCUCGUCACCCAAGGGAUUCUUGUGCGAAACACAUCUAAUAAAUAUGUAUGACAUGGUUGCCUCUUGCCUGGAUGAGGGAGAAAGACUGGUGAACCAUAAUCUGGAGACAACAUGGGCGCCAUCUAUACUAGACUGCGCAAGAUUUUGCAAAACAAACAAGUCUUGCGUUGCAUUCAAUUUUGAACCAAAAUUAGCUGCAAACAAUUGUGAUCUUCUAUCUGAGACCAGGUUGAAUGUAUCAUUAGCUGAUAUAAUAGUUGAUGCAAGCUGGAUUUAUUGUGAUGUCCAAAAACAUUGAGUCCAUGAUGGCACAUUGGAUAUGAUAAGGGGAUGAUUAGGCAGUUAGGCCUUCACAUGUUCGGUUUUCUCGCUAUGUGUUUAUUUUAGACGGGUGCAUCAAAAGGAGUUAUCUUCUUUUUUUAAGGACUGACCACGGCCGCUGUAUGAGAGGGCUUUCAAAACUAAAGUCAAUGGACGAAGCAUUUAUUCUAUUUUUGGAUCUUUGAAAUCAUUUGCUAUGUUAAUCAGUUCUGACUUAACUUAAAAUAAUCUAACUUAAUUGAAAUAAUCCCCAC